AUGUCCUCCUUCGGCCAGCAAGGCGCGGAGUUCCGCGCCACCGUGGAAGAUGACGGUCUGGAGGGCGACUACAGCAUGGUCGAUUACCCCGAAACCGACUAUUACCUUCUCCUAGGCCUAUCGCGCAACCCACCCCCGACCGACGCCGAGAUCCGAUCAGCCUACCGCAGCUUAUCUUUGAGCUUUCAUCCGGACAAGCAACCGUCGCAUCUCCGCCAUGCAGCCGAGAGUCAAUUCAGACACAUCCAAGAUGCGUAUGACACGCUUAUCGAUCCCAAAAAGCGCGUUGUAUAUGAUAUCUCAGGCGCAGAAGGCGUGCGGCAAGAAUGGGGCCAACUUGGGGCCAUGGGGAUUGGAGGAGAAGCACAGAAGCAAGAUGUGGGCGUGAAGACGAUGUCACCGGAUGAGUUCCGGCGAUGGUUCCUCAAGACAAUGAAGAAGCGCGAGCGACAAGCUAUCGAGAGCCUGGUUUCAAGUAGGGGCGGUAUCACCUUGGGAGUCGAUGCUUCAUCGAUGGUCUCGGUUGAUGAAGAUGAAGAUGUGCAGUUCCAUAUUCCUUCCCCGAAAGUGACGACAUAUGGCGUCACCUAUAAUUUCGAUACACCUCUGGCUUUGCCCCAGCUAUGGGGCACAGCGGAGGUCGAGGAUGCCGAAAGUGAAGGGAAGGAAUCUGAAGAUGCGCAAGAUGGUGGGUCAGAAGCUGCCCAUCUGACCUUGAGCACAGGUAUAGUUGGCGGCCUGGCUCACCCAGUCCAGAAAGCCACCGUCGAGUACGAAGAUGGAACGGAAGGCGAGGAAACUUUAAAAAUGCCGCCGAUUCUGGCAGCUAAGAACUUCCGGCUCGGGGCCACUCUGAGCCCAAAUGUUAGAAGCCUGGUUGGCACAAAGGGGAUCUGGGCUAAGCACCCUUUCGCCUUGCUCAGAGAUUCUGCAGUCAGUUUUGAGGGUCUCUUGCUGCCCCAGCCCUCCUUGAGGGCAACUAUCACCCGGAAUUUCCAGCCAGUUGCGGGUGUCCAACCGUUCAAUGUGAGUGUGACAAGCAUACACUCACGAUCCCUCGGGGAAACACCACCCUCUUUCGAAGUUCAAAUCUCGAGAGAGCUGUUCAAGAAGAAGAUUGGCGUCGUAUCGUGGUCAAGUGGUGUUUGCAACUGGCCCGAGUUUCUUCUAGGCUGGUUUCCAUCUAUUGGCAUGGGCAUUCAAAGUGCCUUCGCAUCUGCCAGCGAAGUUGGCCACCUGCAGAUUGGCUUGAUCGCACCUGCUGCAUCGCCUCAGGCUGCAAUGGAGGUCGACGAAGACGAAGACGAGCCUAGUGGUGACUUGGAUGAUGAUGACAAUCAUUCACUCAAGAAACGUCGAACCAACCACUCGGCAGAAGCAUGGGAAAGUCAUCUGCAGGUUUCGCCUGGUGGAGGUGCUCUUGUUCUGAAAUAUUCAAGGAACCUUUUCUCUGGGAAACCCGCAGAUGACCCAGUGAAGACGGAAUGGAGCUCAGAGGGCUACUUCCCAAUGCCGGCAAUGGAUGAAGCACGUGCUGUCCGUCUUGAGGUUUCAACCAUUGCAAGCUCGGAUAUGUCCUUGAGCUGGGCCGUCAAGGGUAUUCGCCGAGUUGGCGAAUACACGCGUCUAGGACUUGGUAUUGGCAUUGCAGACAAAGGCAUGAUGUUGACUGUUACAUGGCGCCGUCUCGGGCAAAACAUCGAUAUCCCCAUUGUAAUUUGUCCGGCCAGCGAGGCAACAAAUGGGGCCACGGCGCUGACAGCCAUCUUCCCUUGGCUGGCAUACUGUGCCGUUGAGUUUGGCUACAUUCGUCCUCGUGACAGAAAGAAGCGUCGGCAGGAAGCUGCUCGUCGCCAUCGUGAACUCAAGAAGCUUCUUCCGCAGAAGCGUGAGGAGAGUCUCCAAGCCAUCGAGCUCAUGACCGAGCAAGUUCAAAGACGACAAGGCCGAGAGGAAGCACACGAUGGCCUUGUAAUCCUGAAGGCAGAGUAUGGUUAUAUACCGCCAACAAACAAGAAACCCAAGAAUGGGUUUACGGAGCCGCGGGUGAUCGAUGUCACAAUCCCCGUGGCUGCUUUGGUCAACCGAGGUCAGCUGGUGAUCUCUAAGAAAUCUAACAAGUUUCAAAUUUUGGGAUUCCACGACCCUGCGCCCUUGUUGCCCAAGCGAUUGAAAAUCUGGUAUAGAUUCCAAGGCCGCGAUCACUACGUAGAGGCAAACGAUAAGGAGAAAGUCUCCUGUCCCCUACGUGCGCACCUUGAGUCCAUUUGA